UCAGAGCCUCCCAUGGGCUCUCCAGUCAACUGGGAGGAUUUCUUCCGGGUGCCAGGCUCUGCGCCUUUGCUGAGGAAGACGGAAGUUGCUGCUGCGACUUUGGCUGUCCUGUGGGAAGAGUCCAGGCAAACGCGGCAGUCGCACCAUGGUAAAAAAGAUGAAUGCUUGAUCUGUCAAGUUCCAUGUAAUACAGUUUUACUUUCGAAAAAUACUAACUCCAAUAUCCAGACAUUCUUUCUGGGCAUAGAUGGUCUGUGUAAGAAGUAUUCCCAGGAGACCUCUCAGAUUUCAGAAUUUCAAGAUAAACAUAGGAGGAGACUGGUGGCCUUCUAUCGAGAAAAGAUUUCUCAGUUGGAGGAGUCCCUCAGGAAGUCAGUGCUACAAAUCAAGCGACUACAAAGUAUGAGGUCAUCACAGCAAGCAGCUUUCAACACAAUCAAAACUUCUGUGACAACAAAGCCAAAUGGCUAUCCCUUGCUGCCACCAAACUCUUCACUUCCUGACAGACUAGAAUCAAUGGAAAUUGACCUGACUCCUCCAGCAAGAAAGCCUGAGAUGGCAGCAGGCCCUUCAAGAAUCUCUCUGAUUAGUCCACCUCAGGAUGGACGCAUGGGCAGUGUCUCCUGCCGGGGAACACAGCAACUCAGCUUGACACCCAGCCAUGCAAGCAUGACAUCGGCUAUCAGAGUUCCACCAUUGCAGAUGCCCUACAAGGAACUAUCGCCAGCUCCCGUGUCACAGCUAUCCAGCAGAGCAGCAGGAGGGCCUUCUCCCAGUGUUAGUAGCUCAUGGACUGGACUACCCCGGCCACCCAUCAGCAUUUCAGGCCUGCUGCAGAGGCAGUGUGCAGGGUCAGCGUCCCCUAGGGGGAUGGACACUGAGAAGAUGAGCCCAUUCUUGCCUUCCACACCUGCAAAUCCACGCUCUACAGCCAGCCCCUGGCAUGUGUGUGUUCCUAGGUAAAUAUCACUGUACAGUUCAUUCUAGAGAGAUGGUGUAACUAAAUAAAGUAGCUUUCUGAUAAAAUAGCA